AACUUCUCCCCUCUCCUUCGCAUCUGGUCAAAUUUCUGCCAAUAUGUCCUGCCAGCAGAACCAGAAGCAGUGCCAGCCUCCUCCCAAGUGCCCCUCCCCCAAGUGCCCCCCAAAGAGCACAGCACAGUGUCUGCCUGCUGCCUCCUCCUGCUGUGCUACAAGCUCUGGGGGCUGCAGUGUCCCCAGCUCUGAGGGAGGCUGCUUCCUGAGCCACCACAGGCGCAGGUCCCACAGAUGCAGGCACAGGUCCAGUUCCUGUGAGCGUGGCAGUGGCCAGCAGUCUGGGGGUUCAGGCUGUGGCCACAGCUCUGGAGGCUGCUGCUGACCUGGAUCCUGAGGCUGAAGCAAGAGAGUUCAGAGGAAACCAAGCAGUAACCUCAUCUUGACUCAUUCUUUCUCAGGCAUCUGAAUCUUCCUUGGGCUAAGCGUGCUUGGACUCUUCUGAUGGAUUUUCCAAAAGCCUGGUUAUCUUCUCAUUCUGAGAUACAUCACCUGUGCGUGGCCAUGUAGGCGAAUAAAACUCUCAACAACA